AUGAAGUUAGCAGGCCCCAGUUGGAUCCUUUGGUUUCUCCUGGUGCGCAGGGUGGUGGGAGGCGCAGAGUCAAUCUCAGAUCCAUCACUCAGGCCUGGACAUAGCAUGACAGAUGGACCUGGCCAGAUGCUGAGCAACGGUCAAUAUAAAUGUCUUGAGCUGUCCCACAAAGAACAUCAAGAUAACAGAACCGGUACCUUCUGUAGACGCAUGUGGGAUGGCUUAUUGUGCUGGGAUGAGACACCAGCUGGGACGUCUGUAACACAAAACUGUCCAGAUCACCCUGACCUGGACCCGACUCAAAAGGCGACCAAGUACUGUGAAGCAGAUGGUGAGUGGUUUUACCACCCAGAGUCCAAAAGGAUUUGGACCAACUAUACACUCUGCGCAACCACCCAUGAGAAGAGACUCAGGAAACUGAAAAUGCUUGAAAAUGAAUACACUUGCCUCCAAAAAAUUAUUCGAGACCCACCUUUUAACAAAUCAGAGCUGCACUGCAGUCGUUCCUGGGAUGGCCUGCUGUGCUGGGACGACACUCCAGCGGGAACCUUCGCCUCCCAAAAUUGUCCAGAUUAUCUUUUUGACUUUGACCCCACAGAAAAGGCCACUAAGUACUGUGGGGAAGACGGGCAGUGGUUUCACCAUCCAAGGAGCAAUACGACUUGGACUAAUUAUACACUCUGUGCUGUCAACACGAAGGAGAGAUUGAAGACAGCCACGCAGCUCUCAGGACUCACCGAUGUAGAGUCCGCUGACGAGGCCACAGUCAGCCCCGUCGUUAACACAGAACAACAGGAAAUUGUGAGAAAGAAAAUCCUUGACAGCCAGUACAAAUGCUUUGAGAAAAUGAAUCGGGAUGUACCUUAUAACAAAUCAGGGCUGCACUGCAGUCGUAACUGGGACGGCUGGCUGUGCUGGGACGACACUGCAGCGGGAAUUUACACCUCUCAAAACUGCCCCAAUUAUUUUGUUGACUUUGACCCCACAGAAAAAGCUACUAAGUACUGUGGAGAGGACGGGCAGUGGUUCCGUCACCCGGAUACCAACAGGACUUGGUCCAACUACACACUCUGCAACGAAAACACUCAAGCAAAGUUGAAGUCAGCGUACAUCUUGUUUUACAUGGCAAUCGUGGGUCACGCUUUAUCCAUAGCCUCCCUGCUCAUCUCUCUGGCCAUCUUCUUCUACUUCAGGAGUCUGAGCUGCCAAAGGAUCACCCUGCACAAGAACCUGUUCUGCUCCUAUGUGCUCAAUUCAGCCCUCACCAUCAUCUACCUGGUAGCAGUGGUCAAUAAUCCUAAAGUGGUGGCCAGAAACCCGGUUGGCUGUAAGGUGUUGCACUUCUUCCACAUGUACAUGCUGGGCUGCAAUUAUUUAUGGAUGCUGUGUGAAGGCAUCUACCUACACACGCUCAUUGUGGUGGCUGUGUUUGCAGAGGAGCAGCAUCUGCACUGGUACUACCUCCUGGGCUGGGGCUUUCCUCUAGUGCCUGCAUCCAUCCAUGCCGUGGCAAGGAAAAAGUAUUUUGAUGACAACUGUUGGAUGAGUGUGGAAACCCAUCUGCUCUACGCCGUCCAUGGUCCCAUAGUGGCAGCGCUUCUUGUGAACCUCUUCUUCUUACUAAAUAUUAUUAGAGUUUUGGUGACCAAGUUGAGAGACACACACCGGGCAGAGUCCAAUAUGUACAUGAAGGCAGUGAGAGCCACCUUGAUCCUGGUGCCCCUGCUGGGAAUACAGUUUGUCAUUUUUCCCUGGAGGCCAGAGAACCGCCUGGCUGGCGAGGUCUACGAGUACAUCAUGCACAUCCUCAUGCACUACCAGGGAUUACUGGUGGCAACAAUAUUCUGCUUUUUCAACGGAGAGGUGCAAGCAGCUCUAAAGAGACAGUGGAUGCAGUACAAAACCCAGUGGGGUCAGAGACGAAAGGACCACUGCUCUACGUCCUACACAGCCACCUCCAUCUCCGAGGUACCCUCCUUCAUUUACCACCCUGACUGUACCAGUGAACACUUGAACGGCCGCCACGCUGAGGACUCAGCGGAACUGGUGGCACUAAAGGCAGGAGAGACGUACGCUUGA